GAACAUGAAAGGAAAAAAGUGUGAUUGCAAGAAUAUAUUUACGUGUCCAUACAACAUAAGGGGAAAAAGAAACAAACAUGGUUAUUACCCAUUUUAUCAGUAUAUAAACAGUGACAAAAUGUCAGUUACAACGUAGUAGCUGAAGAUUCCAGGAAAAAAUAAAUUAUUUUUGAAACUGACACCAAAGAAGAGUCUGGAAUGGCAUUCUCAGUUUCGAAUGCCUCUGACCCGUACAAUGAUUACAUGGCUGGCAUGUGCAUUCUCCGGUACAAAGGUAGCGAAGACUUCUAUCGUAAUGGUCAUCACAUCCAGAGUGGGUUUAUACUAAUAAAAAGCAUAUCAAACAUUCAAAACGUACAGUGCGACAAAGGGCAAGUUCAUGGUAAGCUAUUCAAGUGGUUAUUCAACAUGGAUCCAGAGGGCUGCAAGGAUGUUGAUGGUUAUGGCUUUUCCAUUGUCGACGGUGUUUGGAAAUAUAAGUCGUGGACGUUGAACAACAGAUUCCAAUAUGGUGAGGUCCCACUUCAUGUUCAAACGCACAUCAGAAACGCAGUGCAAAGUUAUUGGAAAACACAAGACACAAGAUGAAUCUACUACAUGGUGCAAUAGUUUAUAAUUUCGGUUAAAAAGAAUAAAUUUUUUUUGAAUUGAUAAUCACUUUGUUUCGAUCCUUAUCCAACCACUUUAAAUGCGUUGGGAACGCAAAUAUUGCUUUUAAUGAUGAAAAAUUCUAAUAUCGAUGCAAAUCUACAAUCUUGGGAAAAAGUUUUUGGUGCCUUUAUAAGGUAGUUGCAGCGUUUAAAAUCUGUUAGUCUCCCGAAUCGUUACGUUAGUCACCCGAAUCGUUACGCUCCGGACUCGUUUACUGUUUUAAGUGUAGUGGCUGCAACGCCACUUAUUAUGGCAAAACGCCAUUUUAAAGUCCGUAUGUCUGAGCAUUUAGGUAUUUCUGCACUUACAGGUAAACGCGUUAAACUUGGUCCCCAGGCCAGUGCCGUUCUCGAACAUUUAAUGUUUUGUAAUUACUCUCCAGCAUCGUUUUACAACUUCUCAGUACUUGCGGAAGAGUCUAAAGAUUUUAAACUUACUCUGAUGGAGAGCUUAUUAAUUGAGCGUGACCGUCCCAUUUUAAAUAACACGGUAAAAUCUAUGCCUUUAGAAUUAUUAUAAUAGCUCUAUUUUCUUCCUAUUAUAUCCUAUUAUGUUUAGUAUUUUAUCUCUAACUUGUAAAAUAAAAUUUAGAAGCAGUGUGAACAUGCCAACCUGGGCGUUGGCGAAAGCUUGCUGAAAGACUGCUCUACCAAC